GCAACAUUAGUUGCCUGAACUAUAUUUGAAUAUUUGUUUAGAUUUAAAGUCUGAAGUCUGAAGUUAGAAUGAUGGAACUUCAGUAAGAAUCAAGAAUGAUGGAACUUCACUUACUUAACUAUAUAACUAUAACAUAACGUCUUAGGCUGGACCUGAUUUUAGUGAACUUUGAGGAGAGUCGUCUAUUCGACUGAAGACAUCGUUCUUAACUUUCACUUCAGUCUGUUUAUGAAGAUUUGAUAAUUAAUCUAAGGUGACCAUUCCUCUCAUUCGUGCUGUUUUUACCAGGUUAGGCCAGUAGCCUACACCACAGAGUUACUUACACUCACAGUCUAGUCUACAGUGUAAGUUUAAAUUUAAGUUCAACAAUUUUAUUAAAUUAAAAAUAUAUUAAUUGUUUACUUUAUUUAAAUUUAUUAAAACAUUGGGUACAUCUGAUUUCUGUCUGAUAUAUUUGACAUUGUGGGCAAUCCUCCGAAGUCGAAGUCCGGUCCCAAAUUAUUUCCAAUGAUUAAUCCUUACUUAAAAGUCUUGGGCAUCAUUCUGUUUUGAAACUCAUGUUUGCGUUAGUGGACGAUGUUAGAUGGAGGUUGUUGGCCGUCCAGAUGCGCAUUAUCACUAAUCAUGUGUUACCAGGAACAACUACCGUCACGGACGCUUGGCGAGGAUAUCAAAAUGUCGGUCAGCUCAACAACGGGAUUUAUGCUCACGCUGUCAUUGUGCACGAGCGUGAAUUUGUUGAUCCAGUAGACCAGGAGAUUCACACUAUUGAAGGACUUUGGAUGCAAGCAAAACGUAAACUCCGCUAUCAGAGUGGUAGGCCCGCUAGUCGCGAUCGGUUUGCCAGCUACUUGGGGGCCUUUCAGUGGCGCAUCAGUCACCAGCAGAACGUUUUCGGCUGGUAUUAGCAAAUGCUAUGUGCCAAUGACAACAUUUAGUAUUUACUGACUGGUUUGUAAAGUUACAGUUAUUUACAAAAGCUAUGACUGACAUAUCUGCUGUUUUCUAACAAUACACACUGUGCAUUGCAGUUUUUUUCAUACAAAAUAAUUUGGGACCGGACUUCGGAGGAUUGCCGAUAUUGUGUGAAUUAAUGACACAACUAAAACUACCCAAAAAAUAUUAUAUAAUUAACCAAAUGAGCAUUACGAUAAUUAAUAAUACCUUUUUAAAAACUCCUAUUUUUACAGAACACUUUGCGCUCCAUGUUUAUUUCUGAAAAACCAUGGUGAAGAAUGAUUCAAAAUUUCAUGGUCCUGGUUUUUAAUUUUAAAUGUUCUUGUUUGGAUUUGAAAAAAAAAAUGGUCACCUUAUAUUAAUCAUUAAUGUCUAAUGUUGACAUCUAAUAAGACUAAGAGUCAAGAGUAAGAGGCUAUACUAAUCAAUAACUGACGUCAUAUGUUGGGGGGAAGGGGGGGGGCAUAUUCUUGUAAUGAUAUGUGACAAGGGGUGGGGGAGUUAAGCAGUGUUUCAUCACAUUAAAAGUGGAAGAUUCUUGAUAAGAUUUGCACUUAAUUACACACAGAGAUUUUAACAUUAUUCUUUUAUACAACAAUUAUAAUGAUUUUAUUUUAAAUUACGAUCACUGAGAGAAUCAUUUAAGGUAAGCAAGGUCUGAGAAAUGGCAUCUGAUCAAGUCACAGGAUGCCAUGGAGGAGGAAAAUUGGAGUGUAGCGACUUAGCCAGUCAUGAGAAAUUAUGUCGAAAGAUGGUGACGGAAUUUAUAGAAUUAGGGCUACCACAUGAAGUGAGAUGGAACAACAACAAAAAGUGAUUGACGUGGGGGGGGGGGGUGUUAAGAGAGGUUUGGAUGUUAAAAAUGAUCUAGGACAGGGAUUCUUAAACUUUUUGCAGUGCUGCAUCUCCUCCAAAUUUCAAACAAUUUCCCCAAUCCCUCUACCCCCAAAUAAAUUGUAAUAAAAUUUUAAAAAUGAAAAUAAUUUAGUGAUUGCAGUACUAGAAGCAAGAAAAAAAACUACCAACACAAGUAAUGCACACAAAAAAAUUCACCAGGAUCAAAAUGCAUGACAACUUAUUUUAUUUUUAAAGGCAGGAGGAAAGGAGCAACUAGCAAUGGCAGCAAAUGAAAUAUAUUUUCUGGGUCUACCACACCACAUUUCACCCUUGGUUAAGAACCACUGUUCUAGGGAAAAGUUUCUGACACAGAUGUAGUAAUUUGAUAGUAAUUGGGAGAGGGGGUGUUGUAAAGGACCGUAGUGGACAGAGAUGUUUUUUUUAAAGGGGGUGGGGGGCGUUUAUGGAUGACACCUUAGAUAAGAGGCUAAGCCUCAGCAUGAUGAUCCAGUUUGAUCUCACACCUAUUUCUGAUUGAGUCUAAUAAUUCAUAUUCAAUUCAGGGUUUUUGGCAAUGUAAUGACGAGCCUCAGCGAAUAUUCAUGAUCUUCUUAUCACUCACUGGCUCUCAGUCAGUGGCCCAGGGACAGGAAUCAGAAAAUAUCAUUUUCAUUCAAAAUUGUAAUUUUUGCAUUUUCAAAUUUUUGAAAUUAUUGUAUUUAAUGUCAGCUUUGACUUUGAGCUUAUAAAGAAAAUCUCAUAUAAACUAAUUGAGUGAAAACAAAAACAAAUGUCUGAAAAUAUAUAAUACAUUGACUACUUCUUCUGUAUAUGAUCUUGAUCAGCAGGUGCUAAUAGUCGACAGUCAAGUUUGAGGACAAUAAAAUAUCUUUUGUUCCAGCUUUUAACCAACUGUGUUCUCUUUUUAAAAAAAUGACAGCAAUAAAAUUUUGACCCAUCAAAUCUCAUUAAAGCAUCAAAAUCUGUCAAACUUAAUGUGCAUUUUUUAAAAUGAAUAUUCUUUGACCCUGAUAUAGGUUUUUUUUUUUAUUAUCACUUAUUUUUUGUUAAAUUUUUAAAAUCUAAAUCACAAAACAGGGAUAUUUGUUAAUAAGAAAAGAUUCUUUGCAUGUAGUUAAAUAAUAAUUAAUCAUUUUUCCCCUUGCAUUUUCAGGCUUUGAAUAAUGGAAAAUAGAGGAGACUAGAGGGACUCAAACCAAAUUUUCAUAAUGAUUAAUAUGGACAAUGUCAUGGACAUGGUUUCUCCACCGGUGGAAACAAAUAAUAAUAAUGCCAAGCAUUCUCUCAAAUUGCCCAUUUUUGGCAGAGUGCAAUUUGUAAGAGACAGAGAGGGUCAGAUGUGUGCCGCUAUUGUACUUGCCUACUGGACAUAUGGUACAUUUAUUCCAUUAUUUAUCAUUCUCAUCCCUCGUUAUGAAGACGGUCUCAUCUCACUGCCAGUUUUUUUGGGUAGGUUUUGCAUUUUAUAACAUACAAUUUGGAAAGCAAUAAUUUUUAAUUUAUUAUAAUAUUAUUGAAAAACACUUUGUAUGGUGAUCAGAAAUGUUUCAUUAGAAAGCCAUGGUGUUUGAUGAUUAAAAAGCAUUUAAGGAAACAACAAGAAAAGCCGAUGGAAUAGCUCAAAACCAUGGCAGAAAAUCUUGUUAAAACCUCAAGUGUUACCAGCACUGGGAUAAAGGAUAGUUUAAUUAUUUAAAAAAUAAGAUACUAUAAUUUUUUUUUGUAUCAUGUACAGUUUAGGAAAAAGUUAAUAUGAAUCCUUUAAUUUGAAAAUGAUUACAAAUAAUUUUUAAAAUCUGACGUCACCCCCUCCGCCAGGUUUCCUCACAGUAUCAGUCCUUUGUCUACUUUCAUUUUUCCGGUCAUCAUUAACAAAUCCUGGAAGGAUCCCAGAGUUUUCAGCAGCAGAAGAUAAAGGUAAACAAAAUUUGCACAAAUGACAGUGAAGAAGGUUAUCAUCACUUCAAAUGUCUUAAGUUAGCAGAAUUGCUAAUGAGCUAAUUAAGCAAAGUACAAAAGGUAUCCAAAGAAAUAAAUUCUAAUCAUUUAAUUUUUUUAAUAAAAGAUUCUAAUUGGAGCAAGUGUCGUGUGUGUAAUCAAAUGCGCCCCCCUAGAGCGCAUCACUGUCGAAGGUGCGGUCAGUGUGUUAUGAAAAUGGAUCAUCACUGUCCUUGGUAAGAGAAAUUAUUUGGCAAUAUCUGUGAAUGUCUUUAAGCAUUAAUAAAUUCAAUUGUGAUAAUUUAUUUUAGAAAUGUGUAUCUGAUUAAGAAAAUAUAUAUUAGCCCAUAUUUAAAGAUCGGUGAACAACAUAAAUUAAAAUAUUUAUUUUAAAAUAUACACGAUUCAAAGAAUUAACUUGCAAGAAGAGAUGUUUACAUCAAGCAGCUGGUAAAAUGAGGAGUGACCACAUUCAGAACCAAGAAAUAAGACAAAUGGUUGGGCCACCUGGUCUUGCCUGUCAUGGAACCUGCAUUGCAAGCCUACAGUAUCAGACACUAAUGUGUUUAGGCCCAGAGGAAGACCAAGCUGAUGGAUUGACUGUUAAUGACACCCUCAAAAUCCACAACAUGUAUCUUGAGCAGGCCUUACACCUUGCAGCAGAUUAUCAACUUUACUUCUCAAUGUUGCCUCACUGGUAGCAAAGGGUCAACUUUACCUCCCAGAAAUGCCUCAGUGGUAAAAGCAGUCAAAAGAAGAUGAAGGAAGGGCUAAUAAAAUAAUGUUCCUUAAUGUACAGAUGGAAGAAAUAAUUAGUUUAAACUCCACUCAUUAAUAAAUUUGUAUAAAUAAUUUGUUUAACAUCUGCUUGUUAAUAUCAUUUUAUAAAUAAUUGCUUACUGAUAUAAUUUUAUUGAAGAAAUAACCCCAACAAGUACCAGUAAUUCUGUCAUUGCAAUUACAGUAAACCUGGAAAGUUCAAUGCUUAGGGUUAAAAACUAACACACUUUGUUGUGCGGUAAAUUAAUAAUUACUUGCAUGAAGAGUAGAACAUAGGAGAAGGAGAUGUGACUCUUAAUCAUCUUCAUCAUUUAUUCUAUGAAAGAUGAUCUACUCUAUUACUCUGUUGAUUUCAUGGGUUAUGAGUGGUAUUUUAAAAAUUGAUCCACAAAAAUUUUCUGAUCACUUACACUGUCAUCUUUGUUUUUAGGACGCUAAAGAGAUUUUGAGGGGAAAAAAAACUACUGAGAAAUUGUCAAUAAAGAUAAAAAGAAAAAAUAUUCUCAUUUCAUUUAUAAAGAUAAUAUCAAGCAAACCUACUUUAGAGAAAAGCAAGUUAACAUUUUGUAAGUGUUAAAUGUUUACUAAUCUGAUAUAAAAUGAAAAUGAACUUAAUCUUUAAUCUGAUAUUUCAAGAAAAUGAAAUUGAUCUUUAAUCUGAUAUAUCAAGAAAAUUAACUUGAUCUUCCCCAGGAUAAACAACUGUGUAGGUGAAAACAACCAUUUUGCUUUCAUGCAACUCUUGUUUUAUGCGUUUCUGCUCGGCCUGUACACAUUUGUUCUCGUUAUGCUACAUUUUUGGGUAUUUCCAAAAUGUGUUGCCUGCAACAGGGUGAGUGUUAAGUAGAGUGUCCAUUACCAGAAAAAUUGAAAUGUCGUUUGCAAUAUCCCUGUUCUAAUCUCUCAUAAAAUACAUUAAGUUUGUCAUAAGCUGCAUAUCUGCAUUUUAGAAAUGUUAACAUUUUUUUUGUCAUUUAUAAAAGUCAUUAGCAAUAUCCCUGUCUAUUCUGUCAUAAAAUACAUUCAGUUUUUCAUAAGCUAAUGCAUACCUGAAUUUUCGAUAUGUUACCUUUUUUUGCCAUUUAUAAAUAAUAUAAAGACUUUGACUAGACUUCUCAGUCAUAUUGCCCAGCUGUAAUUCUGUAUCAAUGGUUGCUGUCGAAGCGUCUAGUUAUUAUUUGAAAUUUGAGCCACUAAAAAAUGUACAAUCUCUUUGAUAUUUUUAUUUAGGAGGCCUUUUAUAUAAAACACAGUAUCUGGUUCAUGUACCUGGCAUUUCUGCUGUCUGUCAACAUGAUGGGGAUGAUGGGUGUUCAGUUCUGCCAACAGCACAUAAAUCUCAUCAGUGUAAGUGUUCAUAUCAAUCUCAUGUGUGUAAGUAAUCAUGUCAAUCUCAUUCGUGUAGGUAAUCAUAUCAAUCUAAUUUGAGUAUGUUAUCAUGUUAAUCUCAUGCGUGUCAGUUAUCAUGUCAAUCUCAUGCCUGUCAGUAAUCAUGUCAAUCUCAUGUUUGUAAGUAAUCAUGUCAAUCUCAUGCGUGUCAGUUAUCAUGUCAAUCUCAUGCGUGUCAGUUAUCAUGUUAAUCUCAUGCGUGUCAGUUAUUAUGUCAAUCUCACACAUUUAAUAGUAAAAGUAUUCAUCUAAAAGUUUUUUUAUAUUCAAAUGCUUAUAAAAAAUAAUAAUUCUCUUGGUAUGUAUGUAUGGCUGUAACAGUUUUUCAAUGGGCGCACAAAAUUGAAUUCCUAAAAUCAGGCCUGUUCUUAGGUAUACGCUGACUAUGCAUCUGCGUAGGGCCCCGAACGUGAGGCGCCCUCGAUCCCUCAUUUUUUAACUGGCACUGCAGCCGUCUGUGUCACUCAGGUUACCUUCCUCAUCCUGAAAUGUAUCAUUCUGAGUUGAAUUAGGAGGCAGGGGAAGGGAAGCAGCAGGGGGAAGCUUUGGGGGUGGCAGACAGGAAAUCGGGGGCUUGGCCGUGGGAAUGGGAAAGAGGAAACAUUGAUGAAGGCAGAAUGGAGGUGCCGCAGUGGUGGGUGGUGUUUUCUCCUCAGCUCGAGGGAGCUAGGGAGCCCCCCCCCCGGACCCCCCCCCCCCCUUCCGGCCCCCAAUCUACACUCCAUGCUUAGGGCCCCCAAACUCCUAAGAACGGCUCUACUAAAAUAUUUAGCACUAUUUUGGAUGGGUGCGCAGAAUAAAAUUGUCAUAAGUUAGCACUAAUUGGUAUUCUUAUAAAGUGCAUUACUUGAGUGCAUGUUUUGUCAAGUAACUUAGUAUUUCUAGUUUUAUAAUUGUGAACUGUAGCAGUCAUGGUUUUAUACAAUUUGUUUUUUAAGAUGGUUAAAAUAACUAUAAAGUAUAUAAGUAUUUAUCUAUUGGAUAGAUUAAAAGACUUCUAGAGGACAGUAAUGCCAUAGUUGAUGUCACUCCACAAUCUACAAUAAUUGUACCAUCUGAAAGCCCCAGAGCAUGAUGUUUGUACCUUUAUGAGUUUGUAUCCCAUUUUCUCUUCCUCUCCUCUCAGAAUAAAACCACACUGGAGAAAAUGAUCAAUCAUGGAGGUCCAAAAAAGUAAGUUUGCCCAAGAAUCUGAAACGCCCUUCUUAACGCUCUCAGAAACAGCCAGACACUGCAGUCUGAAAAACUGAGUUGAAAACACAUCUUUUUCGCACUCACCUGCUAGGGUGAUGUAGUCCACCUCCUUGUUUCCAGCUUGCUCAUAUAUACUCGUUGUGUAUUGAUUUGUAUUGUAUGUAGAUUUUGUAUUGUUGUGUUUUGAAUUUUAUUGUGGAAAAAAUAUAUUGUUAUGUAUGUUAACUUUGUACCGCGCUUCGAGCCUUAAAUAGGGAUGGUGAGUGUUUUUCAAAUGUACUUUAUUAUGAUAAUGUUACGUCUAGUUCUAGUCACCCCGUUUUAUUUUUAAAAGAGAAAAAAAAAGGGGUGGGGGGAGAGAAAGACAGAUUGAAGUUACCAAAACAUCUGCAAUUAAUAAUUAGUGUUCUAUGAAAUAAUCCCUAUUAAUAAUUGGAGGCAUAAAAGAUUUUUUGACAUGAAAGAAACAUGCACACUUGCAUCAAGCUUGAUUACGUUAACAAUAGUAGCUUAUUUUAUUGACAUAAAAUAUUUCAAAUAUAGAUAUUUAUUAAGCUGUAAUUUACGAGAGCAAAAUUUAUAGUUUUUUUAAAUUGUAAAAUUAAUGAUUACCUUUACCUGGAUUUAAAGCUGAUCCCAAAUGAUGAUUAUAGUAUGUGAUGAUAAUAUCAUAUUAUUAAUUAUUAUUAUAGUGAUGAUAACCUCAUGUUAUUAUAGUGAUGAUAACAUCAUGUUAUUAUAGUGAUGAUAACCUCAUGUUAUAAUAGUGAUGAUAACAUCAAGAUAUUAUAGAUACAGCGAUGGUAACGUUAUUAUAGUGAUGAUAAUAUCAUGCUAUUCUUUCCUUUUGACAGCAUACAAGGGAAAUGUUACAACUCUUACAGACAAAUAUGUGGCCAGGGACACCCAAUCUUCUGGUUAUGCCCCAUUGGAAGGAGAAGGCCACUAACUGCACAGUUUCAGUAUCCAGUAUGAGAGGAACUUUUCACAUACAAACUUUAUUUCAAUGUCAAAUUACUGCUUUAUUUUAUCUAGAUAAAAUGGUUAUUGCUUGCAAGUAUGGGGCAACAAUCGGUAAAACUGUACAAAAUUAUAUUUUUAGUGGCUUUAUUUUUUUUAUAAAUUUGUAUUGUUUUUAUUUAUACCUAUUUAUUAUAUAAAUAUGUAUUUAAAUAUACAUUUUAAUGAUUUAUUAGACCGUAAAAGAUCCACUAUAUUUUCUCAAUGUUGUUUUCAUACAUAGUUUAUGCUAAAUAAUAGAGCUGUUAAUAAAAAAGUUUUAUUUUCUAAUCACGCUUAGUGGCAGUGACAGCUCAAAUUUAGUGGCAGUAAAAAAUAAAUGUUUUAAAUUUUAUUUUGAGAUGAUUUACAAUUUUGGUUUGCUUAUAUUCUUAUUUGAAAAAUGUGUGGUCUAUUUCUUCCAUUUUGAUACAAUUUAUUGUUGAAACUUUAUUUAUUAAAUGAAACAGUUUAUUGUUGAAACUUUUAAAUUAAAUUUUAUUGCUAAACAUUAUUUUUGAAACUUAAUUAAAUUAAUCAAAUUAUUUUUGCAACUUCAUUUAUUAAAUGACACAACUUAUUGUUGAAACAUUUUUUAUUAAAUGAAACGAUUUUGUAGAUUUUAACAAAUCUUUGCGUAGUUUCUUAAGUUUUAGGAGGGAUGUAGUUUGUAGUUUUACAGCAUAUCAUGGUUGGUGGGACCUGCUAUCGGUGAGCUACUCUGCUAAUUCUUGUACAGAAGCUUCCUCUACUUCAACAGAAACUUCUUUUACUGGAAUACUAGGAUAAGUCAAAUUUGCAGGGUAAUUGAAAUCCUUUGAUGUCAAUGAAAUAAUUGCAGCUUGUUAUUGAAUCAUAAGGACAUGGUUUUUGUUACCAUUUUAUUUGUGAUAUAUUUGAAUGUACUUGAAUAAUUAAGUGACUAAUUUUACAUACAAUCUUAUGUUAUUUAUCAUUUUUUACAAGUUCAGUAGUGAAUGUUAGGUAUCAAUAGUGUGUUUUUCUCUUUUUUUUUUUUGGGCGAGGGGGCUCAAGACUAUUAAAAAAAGAAUGAGAAAAAAGCAAAACAAUAUUAUUGAAUGAUAAUGAUAAGCAAGCUUGGGCGUACCAAAUAAUUUCAUUUUUGAUUCUAUAUUCAAGUUUGAGAGGCCGCACGCAUUAAUAAAGAUUCCAUAUUUAUUUUACUUUUGGGCUUUAACGAGUGUUUUUUAAUUUUUAAAACAAAAAUUGGGUAUUUGAGUUUUAACGAGUCUCCUUCCUAAUUUAUAAUUAUAAUUUUUGAAAUCUGUGCUUCUUGAAAUUAAACAAUUUCUUUUACACUGUAAAAGUCAAUGUUGUCACUGGUAGCUAUUGCAUUUUAUUAUGUGAUUGUUGUAUUUGUAUGUUCAUUUGACAUCUUAUCUAAUUAUAUGUUUAUGUUACAUCUUAUCUUAUUAUAUGUUCAUAUCACAUCUCAUCUGAUUGUAAGUUCAUAUUACAUCUUAUCUAAUUGUAUGUUCAUGUUACAUCUUAUCUUAUUAUAUGUUUAUAUCACAUCUCAUCUUAUUGUAUGUUUAUGUUACAUCUCAUCUGAUUGUAUGUUCAUAUAACAUCUUAUCUGAUUGUAUGUUCAUAAAAUUUAAAUAAUGAGUUUCAUUUGUUUGUCAUAACUGGCAUAAUCCCAUUUCAUUAUUUCCUGACUCAACGCAUUCAGUGGAAAUAAACUUGAAAUAAAUGGGUGAGUCAAAGCUCUUUCAAUGGGUAGGUGAGUCAAAGCUCUUUCAAUGGGUAGGUGAGUCAAAGCUCUUUGCCCUCUUACAUCAAAUCAAUGCUUUGCGAUGGGUCAGUCACAUAAUAUUUGGUAUACCUAAGUUAAAAGAGAUUUAUGGGCAUUUCAGGUAAAAAUGGACAUAACAUAAAGAUAAUCUGGUAUCAUAAUUUCCAUGGCCAGUGGUCGUCCUCGAAACAGCCAAUUUUUAAAAAAAAAACUUGCUGGUGUCCCUGUUCUUUAAUAAGAUGGUGUUAUUGGGAUAAAAAAAGUUGAAAAGCAUUAUUGUCAAGUAUUGGCAAAUGUCUCAAUGUCAGUGGUUAAUUUUAAAUUCAUCUUAAUGCUG